CCUCUCCAUUUCCAAUUGCAAUUCCUCAGUUUCCUUUUUGUUUCUUUAUACAAACCGAAACAUGGUCUUGUCCUCACUUUCCUAGUUUCCUUCUUAGAUUUGAGUUCCCAUUCGAACAGAAUUGAAUUCCUCAACUCUUGAUUUCUUAUCCUACAAGAUAAGAGAAAAAGAAAAAAGAAAUCCUCCACCCUUUCUCAACAAGACAAGAAACAGAGUAGUUAAGAGUCAGUUCAUCUACAACAUUUCUUUCAAGAAAAACCGUCACCACGAUUGUUGAAAAAGAUUCAAAUACCAACUGGAAAGAGAAUUACCCAUCUUGGCUAGCUCUGUUAUAUGUAAAGGCGGUGGAAAGUGAUUGCCACAUCAAGUAUUCCAUUUGAGUCCUUCUAUUUCCAAUCCUCUUUUCUUUUCUUUUCCCCUAGAAAGUGUUGGAAAUGACGGAUACUCCAAAGUUGGAUUUGACUUCUUGUCACAAUGAGGCUGGUGGAUUAGACGAAAAUUUAGGAAACCAGAAAAUUUCUUUUUUGGAUCACAUAAACGGAUUUCAAUACACAACGGAGAAAUCGGAUAGCUUUGUUAUCGACAUGGAAAGCUUCUCCCGUGGCAGCAAUAUUAAAGAUAUCAACCCAAAUUCAAGAAUUACAUUGCAGAGAAGCCUUUCCAGAAAAGGGUCGUUGCGCAGCCCAGGCGGCGGCGGGACAGGCAGUGAAAAGAAGGUUAAUGGUUCGCCUAAUGACAGAGACAAUGACACUGUUGUUGCUUCCUCCUUACCUAAAGGGCCUAACAUGACUGAAAAAAGCUUGCUGGUAGCGGCUGGGACCACUGAUUAUUCCGGUAGCCCACAAGUUCAUCAUCAGAUCACCAUCAAUACUACCGGCAAUAUGAAUGCUUCUACAGAAAGCAGAUACAUCGGCAGGAGAAACAGUUUCAAGCGUCCUCCAUUUUCAUGGGCGAUUGAUCCCAAAAGGAUUCUUUUCUUUUUUGCCACCCUAUCAAGCAUGGGAACAAUAUUGCUGAUAUACUUCACUCUUUCCAUGGGCAAGCUCAGUGCAGACGACACCGCUCUUGAUUGAUACUGGGAAUGUGAGAUAGAAAUUCAGAUUAAUGGAAAUUCAGAUAAACAUAAUUUAUUGGCAGUGAGGGCCCUUUCUUCGAAAAAUAGUCUUCAUGUAAUGAGAAUUUCAGGGAAAUAUUCAGAACAGAGAAAAGUUAGAAAUGGCAAAAAGCUAACCGACCAUCCACUACCAUGACUUCAACUUAGGAGUGCUCAACUUUUGCAGGGAAUUAUUAAAUAACUCUUAGAGAUGAAGACAAGCAGCUAUCCAUUAUGACAAAAAGAAGGAAUCUUCUUUUUUAUAUGUAUGGAUGAGGAAAUGAGAUGUGUUUGUGCAAUCCUAUACAGCUGAGUGAAGGACCAGAGAGUCCUUUCUUUUGCUCUCUUCUAAUUUUUUAA